UCUCUUUACAGUGAUUCUGCAGUGGCUGACUUGGUUGUCACAAUGGAGACGGAGUCCUCUGCCGGGAAAGACAUUGAGGCUGCUGCUGAAAGCACGGAGACCACUGAUGUCCAGCAACCGGGGGCACUGGAGGAAGAGACUGUUCGGCACCUUGGCGGAGUGGAGCUGCAAUGUGGCAUCUGCAUCAAGUGGUUCUCAGCAGAGACCUUUGGGCUCGAUACUACGUAUGUAACUCGGGCUGUGUGUGGGUCAGCGGGGUCAAUUCAGAUUUCAGCAUUCCUCUGGGCUGCAAGAGAAGGAGAUGCAGAUAUGACGCAUUUGAUUCUUGUGCCCUGACCUCAUGUGUGGUGCACUUCCAGGCCUAGUUUUUCCCCUCCUCCAAAAUCACCCUGGCCAUUUGUAACUGGGUGAGUAAAGUGAAAAUGUUUGCCUCAGCUGGACAGUCUGCUGCCAGGAGGAGAACUGAAAUGUAGGCAAGCCAAUGGAGACUUGAAUUAAACCUUGACCAGGCUGCUAUCAGGGGACUGUGCACACACCUGAUGUCUGUAUCACACACCGUGCUUUUCCAGCACCACACUCUCGACCCUGUAGCACACAAAAAGACACUGCAGGUGAUACAGAGGAGUAUGGUUCACAAGGAUGGUACUGGAGUUGAAAGGGUGUAGUUAACUAGAAGCACUGAACACCCUUCCCCUAUCUCUGCCUUAUGGACACAGACACACAGAUGAGUGAUUUGUUAGACUUUGUCUUUGAAUGGGUGUGAAAGAAUGGACCUGGAGUAAACAUUUCCAGUUGUGGGGAAGCUGACAGAGUCAUGAAAAAAUUCACUGGGAUAUUCCAGUUUCGCGAGUUUUUCUCUCAAGAUGGUGAGAAUGUGGCGUUCAGUGCCACAGGGAGUGUUUGAGUUGAAAAGUACAGGUCUGGUUGAGUUGGAAGCUGUGUAAACCACCAAAGAGGAAGCGAUGGCAGGGGAAGGUGAAGAGGUCUGAUGUGGAAUGGGCCUCAGGAGAUUCCUGUGGAGCACAGGUGUCAGCAUGAAAUACUUGGGCCGAAUGGCCUGUCUUUCUUUACACUUGGAAUUGUAAAGUGGAAAAGGAAAAUAGAGUUGGUGUGGGAAGGUGUCUCCAAACCCAUCCCCCCCCACCUCCACCAAACUCCUGAAAGAAACAAUCCGUAUCCUCCACCACUCUUCCGUUGCAAUCGGCUGGAAAGGAGGAUAGGGUGUCUUCAGAUGAUACUUGGGACCCCUGGCUUUGUUAAGGUUAGCUCAUGAUAUGACUAUCAUUGGCGAUCCAUCCCUGAUUACCUUGGAGAUGGUGUUGGUGAGUGACUGUCUUGAAUGCAACUUGUUGUCUCACAGGGCCAUUUCAAAGUCACAAGUCAACACAAAGUGCUUUGGAUCUGGAGUCACAAAUGGCCCAGAAGAGUAAGGAUGGUAGAUGUGUUGCUGGAAAAGCACAGCCGGUCAGGCAG